UUGGAAUAACCAUAUGAUAUUUAAGUUUCUAAUAUAGUAAAAGUAUUUAUACAUACAUAUAAUAUUUCAGUGAAGUGAAUGAUGAUUAAAUACGUUUGAAUUCUAUUAUGCUCAAUUCUAAAGGGAAUAAGAUUGUCAAGAGUCACAUAACCUGUAACAAAUAGUUAAGUUCUUUGUGAAUUACAAACAAACGAAUACAAAAAUGAGUAAGAAAGAUAUUAUACAAGCAGUUGUUCUUGCGGAUGAUUUCGUGACGAGUUUGACACCUAUGCAAGAUGUAUUUCCAAGUAUUUUAAUACCGGUGAUAAAUGUACCGCUUUUAGAUUAUUUAAUUGAAACUCUAAUUAAAUCCAAAGUUCAAGAACUGUUCCUAUAUUGUAGCAGUCAUGUAGAUUUAAUAAGAGCAUACAUCAAAGAGAAAAAGUCAUUAAGGAUAUCGAUUUCAUUAAUUGUAUCAGAAGGUUGUACUUCCAUUGGCGAUGCUCUGAGAGACAUCGAUGCAAAAGGAUCGAUUCGUGGCAAUUUCAUAUUAAUAAGAGGAGAUGCAUUUAUUAAUGCCAAUCUUAUGAAUGCUUUGAGCGCACAUUGUGCUAAACUUGAGAAAGAUAAAGCUACCACAAUGACUAUGUUGUUGAGAAACGUUGGUUCCUUGAAUGAUUCUCUUUUGAAAAGAGAGACGUGUUUAGUCGUUUCUGACAAAAGCACUAAAAAGAUUUUGCAUUAUAGCAAACUGAGGGACAACGAGAAGAAAGUUGAGUUAGAACUAAGUUGGUUUUUGGAUCAUGGUGAAGUCGACAUUAACACUUGUUAUAUGGAUACUCAUGUUUAUUUAUGUUCUCCUUCUGUGCUUCCAUUAUUUUCUGACAAUUUUGAUUUCCAGACAAUGGAAGAUUUUAUCAGAGGAGUAUUGAUGAAUGAAGAGAUCUUAAAUUCUAGAAUUUAUUGGCAUCAAUUAAAUCCUGAAGAUUAUAGUUUGCCAAUUGUGUCAUGGAAUGCGUAUCAUGUUCUUAAUCAUGAUAUUUUGAAUAGGCAUAGUUUCCCACUUACACCAAAUGCAAUACCACAUUUAAAUAAUUUUAUCUAUAUGCCUAGAAGUACUUACAAACACAAACUUAGCACACUUGCUAAAGGUUGUACAUUAGAAAAGGACAGUAUACUGUGUCAGAACAGUACACUUGGUAAUGGUACUUUCAUUACAAGAUCUGUUAUUGGCCAAAAUUGUUCUGUGGGUUGUAAUGUCACCAUUAAAAACUCGUAUAUUUUAUCAAAUGCUAGAAUUGAAGAUAAUUGUGUGAUCACAAAUAGCGUAAUAUUUCCGAAUUGUUUUAUUAAACAAAAUAGUCAAAUAAAUGGAUGUAUAUUGAAGCCUCAAACAAAAAUUGAUAUUGAAACAAAGUACACUGAUUCAUUUAUAGAAUCAAAAGACAAUAAAGUUUGCGUCAAAAAUAUAUCAGACAUUGACGCAGAUAAUGAAUUUCAUUUCUUUGAGGACUAUGAUAUGAUGGAAUCUGAUGCUUAUUCUUCGGAAACAAGCAGCGAUGAAGAUUCUGAACGUAAUUCUCCAAUUCCAGAUGAUACAAAUAUGUUUUUGUCUGAAGUUAUCGAUAGUUUAUUAAGAGGUUUCCAAGACAAAUUGAAUUGUGAAAACUUAAUUCUGGAAAUAAACUCGUCAAGAUAUGCUUACAAUAUUACCAUGAACGAAGUAACAUAUAAUGUUAUUAAAGCUAUAUUGAGUUUACCUUUCCAUUAUCUUUCAGAAAAGAAAGAAACUGUAACUUCUUCAAAUUAUCAGAAGAACUUAAAAAUUAUGCUGAUUUACUUUCAAUCAAUAGUUUUAAAUUAUGUUAAAACGGAAGAUGCACAAGAGAACUGUUUACGUGCAAUAGAAGAAGUUGCAAGUACUACAGAAGAAAUACUUCCAUUUGUGCAACACUUAUUACAUUUACUUUAUGACAAAGAUGUAUUAUCAGAAGAAAAAAUUUUAGAAUGGUAUGAAUCUAGUGAUGAAAAUAUGGACACAAUUCAAAAUGAUAAAGUAAGAACAGCAGUAAAACCAUUUAUUCAGUGGUUAGAAGAAGCUGAAGAAGAUUCUAGUGAUGAAGACUCUAGCUAAAACAGCAAAAUAGCAUCAGUUAAGUUGUGCCAAGCUUGAUGACGGUGAUCUGGAAAUUUGAUUGCAUCUAUCCAGUGUCUUAAUCUGGCUCCUUUGCUGUUACAACUUAGCUCGAGUCCGCCUAAAUACACACGGGAGGUACGUUGCUGAAUAACUAUUUGAUUUUCAUUGUAAAAUAUAGCAAUAUUGUAUACAUUAUCUUCUAAUAUUUAAAUUAUACACUGAUACAUUA